AUGAAACGGCGCGUCGGUUCACUGAACCAGUUCGUUCAUGACUCGAACGUUUCUGUUGGCCGCUUGGCGGAUGAUCUCGAGGAGAUGCACCGAAGGGUGGACUGGUUUGACACGCCUCAAGCGAUCCAAAACCUGGUCGAGGACCUACAGCGUCAAGUCGCUCAGCUGCAGGCCUGCUGUUGUGCCGCGCCACCUGCUGUCUCACAGCGUCCCGCCGUGGUCCAGUCACCCUCUGACGCGCAGCCACUUUCCGGGUCGGCGUCAGCGACGCUACGCUCACCCGAGCAGGAUCAAGAAAUGGCUUGA